GGUAAACAGUGGGUUGGCGGCUAAAGCCGUAUAAUUGUAGUGGUUAAUGAAUUCUCCUUCGGUGCCAAAACCAUUUUACCAGCACAUGGGAGGUGACUUUGCCAGUUCAGCCCCACCUACAACACGGCUGUGUUCCUGCCCAGCUGACGUGGGGGCGUGUCGCAGAACGCUAGGUGGGCGGGAGUGGUGUUCGAGCGCUGCUGCAGGGAGCCUGGUGUAAGUGCAAAGGGCAGAGCUGCUGCGAGAGUACAGUGGGGAAUAGGAAGGCAGCAUAAUGUGACUUCUAAACAGCUGAGAGGUCCGAAGGGGGCACGCGGGUAUCGCAGACGGCUAACCUCAUGGACUCUAGAAGCCUUGCAUGACAAAACUUCGCUAUGGCUGCCCAGUCUGCCCAGUCAAGCUUGUACAAUGAAGAAAGGAAUCUGCUUCGAAUCAGAGAACGAGAAAGACGUAAUCAAGAAGCUCAUCAGGAGAGGGAAACUUUCAGUAACUGUGCUCCCCUGUUUCCCGAACCCUACAAGACAAGCAAAGGAGAUGAGUUGUCAAGUCGAAUUCAAAGCAUGCUGGGUAAUUACGAGGAAAUAGAGGAGCUGAUUGUUGCAAAGACCAAUACACAAAUAUUUGAUAGUUCCAAAAGUGCUGUACUGGUUUCCUCACUGCGGAAGCCUGAGCGACAGAGAGUGGGGCCUUCUAUUCCCUCAACUGAUGUAUCUUCUGGACAUCAUCAAAGGCCUCAAACAGACAAUGAUAUCUCUUCUUGGCAGCUAACUAAAAGCCACAAUCCAGUUCGAAGUCACUCACAGGACCUCAUACCUUGUGAGCAGCAGAGCAGAACCAAGCCAAUGGAUAAGAAUGGUAAGAGACUUGAAGAAUGUGGUUGUGCUGAACAGUCACCCUCUCCUUCCUCGAUUUCUGCCCUUUCUCCUCUUCUUUCCUCCCUGUCUUCUCCAGUCGAGCCCUUGUCCCCCUUACAUUCCACCCAGAAAACUGAUUCCAAGCUACGGACUGGCCAGGCUCAUGAUAAAACAAACCGUCAUGCUUCUCCAGUCCAGAAUGACACUGGCAACAGGGAUGGUUCUGCAUCUGUUACAAAUCUUAUGACUGCCACUCAAACCUUUCCACCAUCCUUGUCUUCAAAAACUAGUGCAAUGCCUCAAAAGCCUACAGCUUAUGUGCGGCCAAUGGAUGGACAAGAUCAGGUCCCUAGUGAGUCUCCAUAUAUAAAACCUCUGCAAGAGGACUAUCAUGAAGAGUCUUAUGAAAGCCUUACAGAUGAGAAAUUAUCAAAGUUGGAAAAUCCUCCUGAAUCUUUUGAUACCCUCUCCAAUGAAGCUCAGUGUGUUGAAGAGAUACUUAAGGAAAUGACCCAUUCAUGGCCUCCACCAUUAACAGCUAUUCAUACACCCAGCACUUCUGAACCUUCAAAAUUCUCAAAAUUCUCAUUUCCCUCAAAGGGAAAUCAACGCGUUCCAUCUGUCAAAGGGAACCAGAAGCAGUACGAUACCUCUUCAAAACAAUUGCCAUGUCCACAGCAGCGAACAUCCAUGCUGGAAGAUGACCUCGAACUCAGUGAUAGUGAUAACAGUGAUGACAAUGAGAUCUGUGACAAGCAAGCAUCAUCAUCUGUUCCACCAAGUGUCCUGCAGUCACAGAACAACAGUGUGGUUUCAGCACAUUCCAGCAGCUUAGAAUCAGAAAGCAGCGAGUCAGACAGCUCGUCAGAUUCUGAGAGCGGAGACAACUCAAGUGAAAGUGAAGUGAUUGAGCCUCCAAGUGUGCCAACUCCAGAGCCAGAUCCUGAUAUAUGGCAGUUACGCCACUAUAUGAACAAAGUUGGACAGUCUACAGCACCAGUUGAAAACCAUAGCAUUGUGGACCAUGAACAAUCGAACCAUUGGGAAAGUAAAAGUCAAGGAAGUAUUUCCCCCACUCCUCAUGAAUCCCCCAAAAAUUUAGAAUCAUCCCACAAAAAAUCACCAUGGACAUCCCUAGAAGAAGUCCAGAAUAAGGAAGACUGCCCAGAUUCUCCUGUGAUCAGUAAAACUGUUACUCCCAGGCAGACUGCCGGCAUAAAACAGCCAAGCAAGUCUCUAAAACUUUUGGGUCCAGAAGAGCCAAAUGUAGGACUUAAAGUAGAAAGUGAACCUUACAGACCUAGAGAUCAGCCUUCCAAAGAGAAGCCAUCUGUGAAAACGAAAGAUAAAAAUAAAUUAAACAAGGACCCAAAAACAAGCAUUGCACAAACCAUUGAAAAAAAAAAGCACAAGAGUUCUCAUCAUGGUAGUAGCAACAAAAAGUGUUCAAAUAGUCUUUUAGAAAAGAGCCAUUCAACCCAUUCACUACCACAAUACCCCCCUUCUGUGCAGGUAAAAAAUCAGAGCAAAGCCAAUCAUAUGACUCAUCUCUCGCACCCAGCAGUUGUUGUACGUGAGAACUUACACAGAGACAAAGUGUUAUUACCCAUUGGAGAAAACAGAUUACCACCACUUAGUAACAACCACAAAUCUUGUCCCCUUGUUGUUAAAAUUGAGUUGUCACUACUUUCAAGAGUCCCAGGAGUAGCUGGAAAAGCAAACCAGCAUAAAAAUAAGAAGGAAAACAACAAAGAAAUUUCUUCUUUAAGAAAAGAAGAGUCAGAGAGAAAACACUCACAAAAUCACAGCAAAGAGCACACAAAGAGAAAGGUGGAAGAAGGAGAAAGAAAUGGAACACAUAAGAAAAUAAAGCUGGAAACAGAAAUUAAAUCACAUUCUAGUCAGAAACAACUGCCUACAAAAAAAGUACCUAAAGAAUCUUCUGAAAGUUUUCCUAAAAAACAUUGGCAAGAGAAACCCUCAGAGCACACACAGACAAAACCAGAGAAGCUGCCACAAAAAAGGCAUCCAAGUGAGAAUACCAUCUACAGCCACCUGUCCGCAACAAGCAAAAGCAGCCACAAAGAGCCUUCCUCUUCUAAGCAAAGGAAAGUGGAGGAAAAUCUCUCUUAUCAUGUGAAAAUUAACAAGGGGUCUGCAGAAAAUAACACAAAAGCUUUCCCAGUGCCUUCUUUGCCAAAUGGUAAUGUCAAGCCAACAAGACCACAGCUCAAGUUUGAAGAAAAGUUAAUGUCACCGGAACAUUACAUGAAGGAGGCCAAGAAACUAAAACACAAAGCUGAUGCCAUGUCAGACAAGAUCGGAAAAUCCUUCAACUAUUUGGAUGCUGCCAUGUUUUUCAUUGAAUGUGGUAUUGCAAUGGAGGCUGAUGUACAAGCCCCAAAGUCAGCCUACACCAUGAUUGCUGAAACUGUUGAUCUCAUUAAAUUUAUAUUGAAGUUGAAGAACUUCACUGAUUUUUCGGCACCUUCAUAUGAAAUGUCCUUUGCUGUUUUAUGUAUGCGUUGUCAGUCCAUUCUCUACAUGGCAAUGUUUCGCUACAAAAAAGACACUGCAAUAAAGUAUUCUCGCACUCUUGGAGAACACUUCAAGAGUUCUUCCAGAGCUGCACAAGCACCUUCUCCAUGUGUCACAAGAAGUACUGGUACACCAUCCCCUUUGUCUCCUACUCCCUCUCCUGCCAGCUCUGGAGGAUCUCAGCCAGGGUCCAUUGCUAGCAACAGUGGAACUCCAAGCUCUUCAGUUGCCAUUCCGCAGAUGAUCCAUCACAUAGCAUCGUCUUAUGUCAACAUAACCUCUUAUUUCCUUUACGCUUAUGACAUCUGGGAACAGGCUGAUCUGCUAGCUAAGAAACAUAAAGAAUUCUUUGCAGAUCUCAGUGAAGUGGUUUGCCCUCUGGCUCUCAACAGCCCUAUGGAUAAGCUGGUACACUACACUAGACAGGGAUUACAGUGGCUGAGACUGGAGACCAGCUUGACUUAAAUGGUCCUGAAGGGCACCUGCUCUCAAACUCUCUGCACUUCAGAAAGUCUGUGAAUGGGCCCAUGAAUUCUAUUAAUAAACACGUCAUGAAAAUUGGUUGUACUGGAAGCCAGCUGAACACCACGUAUCACAGCAAUGAGAUGAAGGGGAGACCACAGAAUGAAAUAUUAUUUGCCUUUGAGGUUAAUGACAGAGAUUGUGCAAUGUAUUAUUGGAGCAAACGGACAUGGUCAUUGAGCAUUUCUAAGAAAAAACAGUAUGAAUGAAAGGUCUUUUGGGGGAAAUCUGCAACCUCAAAUCUGCAUUGUAGAUUAUCCUAAGAGCAGCACAGCUUGGCAAGUCAACACCUGGAAAAAGUAAAUGCACACAGGUAGAAAUAAUAAAGCGAAAAAAAUUAUGAUAAGGGAGGAAAGUAUACCCUUACAGCACUGCAUUGUACAAUUGAGAAUAAGGCAUGACAGUGUGAGGGAUUAGCCAUCAUCCUUUGUAUAUGUUCAGCUCAGUGCUUUGUGCCUUAAACAGCCAUUUUUGUAUCUCAUAACAUUGGUUAUGUCUUAUUUAACAGCCAAAAUCCUGAAAUCUUGGGAAUGUUCUAUUUUGUGUCAUAGUGAUAUAUUUAUUAUUAAAGCAGAAAAGGGCCAUAUCUUCCAUAUCUAAUAGCCUUGAUCUCUGCUGAUUAUUUUUAAAAGAUCAUAUACAUCAUUCAUUUAAAAUAUUCCCUUUGCCUUAAUAAAUGAAGGUCUAAAUGGCUGGACUAUGCAGCAACCUUUAGGGUUCAUAAACUGGUAAUGUGCAGCAGGAAGCUCACUAGAUGGAGCUGAUUUACAGCUCCCCAGCAGCCCACAGAGGAUGUUGGGAGCUGUAGUUCAGCAGUACCUGGAAGGCCAUCGGUUUCCUAUCCCUGAACUAUACACUUGCUACCAAGUGUGAAAAAAUUUUCAUUGCUGUUGGGAUAUCAGACUGUCGCACUUGGUCCUUUUCUUCUUUUUUUUCUUGCCCAAUUUUCUUAGCCAAUAUUUAUUUUCUUAUUUAAUUUAUGGAUUGCUGGAAAUUAAAUAGUACAUUUUUACAAAUGCAAAUCAAUACCAUUUAUGUAAUUUGAUCUUAAAGAUAAACAGAAACAUUGUUUAUCUGCUGCUAAAAACAUUUGAUAAACUUAACAUUUUAAGCACUAACAUUCCCAGGUCUAAUUGCAGGCAAUUAUUAAACCUUAUGCAGUUUCACUUUAUAGGUUGUAUCAUUCUUUCUAAAAGUAGUAUGCACUUCAGCACCUUCAGGUCUUCUUGUUUACAAUGCUUUCAGAAAAAACAUGCAUUUUAGAUUGGUAAACCUCUUCAAACUGGUGAUGCUUCUCAACAACCAUGUAAUUUAAAUAAUGAAUUGUGUUAUUAUAUGAGAUAUUUAAAACUUAUUAUAUUUUUUGUGUUUAAUUGAGGAAAUAACUGGCAGAUUGAAGAGUCCAUUCACCCACACAGCAUGUGCCUGUUUAUUCUGACUCCGCAUGCAAAUCUAACGUUGUGGUCAAUAGUAAUUGAGCUUUUGAUAAAUAAAUCCCUGAGGCUUGAUUGCCAUCUAUAUAAUGCCAUGAUUUGCAGAUUUAAUAGGCUGUUCUGCUAGGGCUUUAGCCUAUCACAAAUAAAUGCAAUGUAUUAGCAUUUAUUUAUACAUAAUUGUGGGUCUAGAUGUAGGAUUUGGGUCAGGUGUAUUCAGGUAUAUCUACACUCAGUAGCUGCAAAGUGCAUUUUAGUAGUUGCAGUUGUUCUUCUCUGGGAAAUGGCUUAAGGUGGACAUACACAGGCAGAUUUAAGGUACUAGUGCAAGUCCGAUUUGGCAGUUUAUCUGCCCGUGUAUGGGGCCUCCCUGAUUGAUAGCUAGUCGAAAAUCGUGCAGGUGACAUUGGGCAGGUUUGAUUUUCCCAUUGGGUUGAGAACCGUAUUGGCUCAUUGAUGCUGUCCUCGGUCCGAUGGCUCCUAUGCUAUCAUUGUAAUUCGAUUGUUUGGCCUUGUGUGUUACCCACCCUAGGUGUGCAUAUCAGGAGAAAAUAUGCUUGUUUGGCAACCUCGCCAAAUGAGCAGAUCUUAACGUAUAUGCCCAUCUUUAGUUGAAGCUGGAAGUAUGACAGGUCCCACUCAUAUCUAUGAAACCAUUAUUAAGAAUUAAAGGUAAAUAGCAAGGUUCUUGUGCUUUUUAACAUUAACUACAUGAAUCUGAGAAAUGCAAUAACUAAAAUUCACAAACCUGACCUGUUCUAGCAUCAUGUCUUUUAAUUCUUCGAUUUAACUUAUUUUGGUUUAUAUUUACACAUGAAGCAGAGAUUCUGUAUUUAUUUUUAUAUUUAUUUAUUAAUACACUUUUUUUCUGCAAAAAAACUGUCAUGCCUUCUAAGCAAAGCUGUUGAAACACACAGUAAAACAUGAAUAAAUUCAGACCUACUAAUA